UAGGCAUGUUAGUAUACAAUGAUUCCAGCCACGCAUGCCUGCAAGCUGUCGUUUGGAGGAGCUGCUGACUGCUGUUGCAAUUAGCUGAUUGGAGAGCGUGGAAUGCAGAGUGAGAAUGCUGCAUAUCCGCUACCAGGCAGCAGAAAGGGGUUUUGUCUGGGGAAGGCAAGCCUCCCCUGCAGUAUCAUCUCAGCGGCUCCCUCACGGCUUGCCCUGAAAACUAGUGAUCCAGAAGGAGGGUGUCGCCCUCGGUUAACACCAGUCCUGUGCGUGGCUGCUGCUUAUGAGCGGCAGGUCUGAAAGAGCAGGUGUGCUCAGAUGGGCACUGGCCUGGAAGGCAGGCGGACGCUCUCGGGUGUACCUGCUUCCUGGUAACAGAUUGUUGGCUCACAGAGCAUCUGCCUGCACGCUGAGGCCGAAGCAGAGACGGGGGUUCCUGGGCAUCCCACUUGACUGACAGAGACACUUGGUUUGGACUUAAUCUUAAACCUCUGGAGUUCAAGACCUUUUAAAAAGGGCUAAAUAAACAAUCUCUACAUGUAAAAGGCCACUGACUCCUACUUCCUCUGUUGAGCGCAACUGUGGAACUCAGCUGCCUGUAGGAAAACUGAAGACCUUAAUAACAAACCCUCCAAGGUCAAAAUGAAUACAGAUAGCGGUGGGUGUGCUCGCAAACGUGCCGCCAUGUCUGUUACGUUAACAUCUGUGAAGAGAGUUCAAAGUUCUCCAAACCUAUUGGCUGCAGGACGUGAUUCUCAUUCACCUGAUUCAGCUUGGAGAACUUACAAUGAUCGAAAUCAAGAGACACUGAACGGAGAUGCUACAUAUUCCUCUCUUGCAGCAAAAGGUUUUAGGAGCGUUCGACCAAACCUCCAAGAAAAAAAAUCACCAACUCAGAGCCAGAUAACAGUGAACGGAAACUCUGGUGGUGCUGUGAGUCCGAUGAGUUACUAUCAAAGGCCGUUUUCCCCAUCCGCGUAUUCUCUCCCGGGCUCACUCAACUCAAGCAUUAUCAUGCAGCAUGGCAGAUCACUCGACUCCACAGAGCCAUACCCGCAGCACGCGCAGACCCUGGACGGCACCGGCGGCGGCUCCAUACCACUGUACAGAUCCUCGGAGGAAGAGAAGAGAGUGACUGUCAUCAAAGCCCCGCACUACCCGGGAAUCGGGCCGGUGGAUGAGUCCGGCAUCCCCACAGCAAUCAGAACGACAGUAGACCGACCGAAGGACUGGUACAAGACCAUGUUCAAGCAGAUCCACAUGGUGCACAAGCCAGAUGACGACACAGACAUGUAUAAUACUCCUUAUACAUAUAAUGCAGGCCUAUACAACGCACCCUACAGUGCACAGUCACACCCCGCCGUGAAGACCCAGACCUACAGACCUCUGUCCAAAAGCCACUCAGACAAUGGCACAGAUGUCUUCAAGGACGCAUCUUCCCCAGUGCCUCCGCCACCUCCAGUCCCACCUCUGAGACCAAGAGAUCGACCUCCCACAGAGAAGCAUGACUGGGAUCCUCCAGACAGAAAAGUGGACACAAGAAAAUUUCGGUCUGAGCCAAGGAGUAUUUUUGAAUAUGAACCUGGGAAGUCAUCAAUUCUGCAGCAUGAAAGACCACCCCCUGUCCCAACAACUCCGACACUUGUUCCCGAGGAACCUGGCCGGAAGCCUGGCUCUAGCUCACCACUCGGAGCGGUGCCUCGUAGCCCCUCCCCGCCGCCCACCAGUGGCCUCCCCACGCCCAGCUCGUGGGCCCCGGCGCUCUCUCCCACCCGGACUGAUGGCAUAACUCCAGAUGACAUAGAUUUAGAAAAUGAGCCCUGGUAUAAAUUCUUUUCAGAGCUGGAGUUUGGACGCCCGCCUCCUAAAAAGGCUCUGGACUAUGUUCAAGAUCAGUCUUCUGGUGUUUCCAAUGAGGCCUCCGUGUAUCAGUCCCCUAAUGACAGAAGCCUGGAAAGACCCAGUAGCUCUGCAAGCGUGGCCGGUGACUUCAGGAAACGGAGGAAGAGCGAGCCUGCCGUGGGGCCCCCAAGGGGGCUGGGGGAGCAAAGUGCAGCCAGGACUAGUCCAGGUCGGGGAGACCUCCCAGGAUCAAGCACCACCCUUACAAAGUCUUUCAUUAGCUCCUCUCCUUCUUCCCCAUCGAGAGCAAAAGGUGGGGAUGAUAGCAAACUGUGUCCGUCCCUUUGCAGUUACGCAGGGCUCAACGGCCACCCCUGCAGUGAGUUAGAGUACUGUAGCCCUUACAGACAGCACCUGGACGUCCCGCGGGACUCCCAAAGGGCCAUUACUUUCAAGAAUGGCUGGCAGAUGGCCCGGCAAAACGCAGAGGUCUGGAGCAGCACUGAAGAAACGGUGUCCCCCAAACUCAAAUCCCGGAGCUGCGAUGAUCUCCUCAACGACGACGACUGCGAGAGCUUCCCCGACCAGAAAACCAAGUCGGAAAGUAUGGGCUCCCUGCUGUGUGAAGAGGACUCCAAAGAGAGCGGCUCCAUCACCUGGGCUUCCCCCUACAUGCAGGAGACUCGCGGUAACGGCAGAUCCAGACUCAGACACAGGUCCGCCCACGACGCCCCAGGCUUCCUGAAAAUGUACAAGAAAAUGCACCGCAUCAACCGCAAGGACCUGAUGAACUCAGAGGUGAUCUGCUCUGUGAAGUCGAGAAUCCUGCAGUACGAAAAGGAGCAGCAACACAGGGGCCUGCUGCACGGGUGGAGCCAGUCCUCCACCGAGGAGGUGCCCAGGGACAUGGUGCCCACCCGCAUUUCUGAAUUCGAAAAGCUGAUUCAGAAGUCAAAGUCCAUGCCAAAUCUAGGAGAUGAAAUGUUAUCUCCUUUAACCCUAGAAGCACAGCAGAAUGGUUUGUGUCCCAAGAGGAGAUUUUCCAUUGAGUCGUUGCUGGAGGAAGAGAAUCAGGGCAGGCACCCUUCUCACGUCCAGCGAAGCUACAAGUCCAAAGCCCUGGUGCCGAUCCAUAUCGAAGUCACCAGUGACGAGCAGCCGAGACCUCACGUGGAAUUCUCCGACAGCGACCAAGAUGGAGUUGUGUCCGACCACAGCGACUACAUUCACGUAGAAGGGUCAUCCUUUUGCAGCGAAAGUGACUUCGAUCACUAUUCUUUCACCUCCUCUGAAAGUUUUUAUGGGUCCAGCCACCAUCACCACCACCAUCACCACCACCAUCACCACCGGCACCUCGUCAGUUCCUGCAAAGGCAGGUGCCCUGCGUCCUAUACUCGCUUUACCACAAUGUUAAAGCAUGAAAGAGCCAAACAUGAGCAUGCUGAGGAGCCCAGAAGACGGGAAAUGGACCCUGGCCUGUCUAAACUUGCGUUUCUGGUCAGUCCUGUGCCUUUCCGGAGGAAAAGAAAUUCAACACCCAAAAAACAGACCGAAAAGGCAAAAUGUAAAACGUCUGUGUUUGAGGCUCUGGACUCUGCCCUCCAGGACAUCUGUGACCAAAUCAAAGCCGAGAAGAGAAGGGGAAGUUUGCCAGACAACAGUAUAUUGCACCGUCUUAUCAGUGAACUGCUGCCAGAUAUUCCCGAGAGGAAUUCCUCCCUCCGGGCUCUGAAAAGGAGCCCCGUGCACCAGCCUUUUCACCCACUGCCUCACGAUGGUGCUAUGCAUUGUCCGUUGUACCAGAACGACUGUGGGAGAAUGCCCCACAGUGCCUCUUUCCACGACGGCGACACCACCAAUAACAACUUCCACCACCACGACAGUGACAGUGCACUGGGGCUCCAAGACCGCGAGUCCCCUAGAAGUUACUCAUCCACUUUGACUGACUUGGGGAGAAGUGCACCGAGGGAAAGAAGAGGAACUCCAGAAAAAGAGAAAUUGCCUGCAAAAGCUGUUUAUGAUUUUAAGGCUCAGACAUCUAAGGAGUUAUCAUUUAAGAAAGGAGAUACUGUCUACAUCCUCAGGAAAAUUGAUCAGAACUGGUAUGAGGGAGAGCACCAUGGACGAGUGGGCAUUUUUCCCAUCUCCUAUGUAGAGAAGCUCACACCUCCUGAAAAGGCACAGCCUGCAAGACCACCUCCCCCGGCCCAGCCUGGAGAGAUCGGAGAAGCUAUAGCCAAAUACAAUUUCAAUGCAGACACAAACGUGGAGCUGUCACUGAGAAAGGGAGAUAGAGUUAUUCUUCUUAAGAGAGUUGAUCAAAACUGGUACGAAGGUAAAAUUCCAGGAACCAACAGACAAGGCAUCUUCCCUGUGUCCUAUGUGGAAGUCGUCAAGAAGAACACAAAAGGUCCUGAGGAUUACCCUGACCCUCCAAUACCCCACAGCUACUCCAGUGAUAGAAUACACAGCUUAAGUUCAAAUAAGCCACAGCGUCCUGUGUUUACUCAUGAAAACAUUCAAGGUGGGGGGGAACCGUUUCAGGCUCUGUAUAACUAUACUCCUAGGAACGAAGACGAGCUGGAGCUCAGAGAAAGUGAUGUCAUCGACGUCAUGGAGAAGUGUGACGAUGGGUGGUUUGUGGGAACCUCAAGAAGAACCAAAUUCUUUGGUACUUUCCCCGGGAACUAUGUCAAGAGGCUGUGAAUCAAUUUCCCUCGUUAUUUAUGCCGCAUUUCAGCAACACGUCUGCAUAAACUUGCCUGAAACAUCCCUGCAGGCAUCAUGUUGUCAUGCCUUAUGGUUUCCAGUAUGACGUCACCUGCUGCACCUGCUGCUACCAAACCACCAGCAGUGUAACUGCCGUGGUGCACCCUGGGGAGACAGGGCAGACUUGCUUCCUCUCGAAAGGGUUUCCUCUCUGGCUUUCUGCUCUCAACUUUGAAAAGUUGAUGUGUGGGAUCAGAAAGAAAAUCAUUAUACUUAAAAAGGGUAAAAUAUUUGAAGCAAAAAAAAAAAAAAAAAAAAAAAGGAGAGAGAGAGAGGGUCUCCAGUAGAUAUUCUGGCUACAUGGCUGCCCUGCAGCGUCUCUAAGAUGUUCUCCCCUCAGGCCGCCCGAAGAUUGUUUAUUCUGAAAUGCUGUGGUUUGCAUUUUUACAUUCUUAGCUUGGCAGUUGAUUUCCCUUUCACGCGUUUGCCUAGUGUCCUGGUUUACACGAUAUGACAACUGUACUUCAGCUAGUGUUUGCCUGCACUCGUAUGUUGCAAUAUGCACAGUGAUUACAAAACCUAAAGCAAGAAUAGGAAGGUUCAUUUGGAUGAGUGUGAUUUGGUUGACUGGAUGUGAGUUUUCAAAUAGAAGUUUUUUCUGCACAUUUUUUGUACAUUUUAGAAGUGCAAACAGUGACUAAGAACCCUGGAUAGUAAUCAUGAAACUAUAAGAGGCUUAGUUAGACUGCAAGGGAGAAAAGCUAUUGUGUUGUAAAGUUGCAUUGCUAUUUUAUAUUAAAAUGUAAUCAUCAGCAUCAUGAACAAUGAGCUCUUAGUGUUUUAUUUAUCUGAUAGAAUUUCAAUAAAAGCAGUGUUAGUGAGAGGUGCAAAGAAUUAUUCUAACAUAGACACUUGAAAGUAUCUGUAAGCAAUAUUCGUAGGUAAGAUUUCACUGUGUGUACACAUACACAUUUGAGAUUGUAUGAGAACAUUAAUCCAUAUGAUACAUUGUACAUUUUAUGGAAAUGUAGAAGAAUCUCACAUAUUAUUUUAUAGAAAUAGAAUAUUUCAGAAGCAUCGCAAGUAUUAAAGUUGGUUUUAGCAAGGAUUGCAAUCAACACAAUUAUUUUUACUAUGAUAAUUAUUUUUCUUCUAUGGAACCCAGAAUCCUGGCUACAUUUGAGGACAGGAAUAUAUGUUGAGCCUGAUUUUCCUGGUGUGUAUAAAAUAUCUCCUAGGAUUAAGUAGGCACUUUUUAGAGACAAUGUUAAAUCAUUCAGGUUCUGUUUUCUGCCCUACAGCAGAAAUUUAUAAAAUGAUAUUAGGGCCUGAAAGAUUUAAUGUGGUUCACAGUGCCUGAACUACACCUAACACAAGAAUUAGCUUUGUAUUUCUUAUGACUUUGCAUAAGAACUAUUCAUCUUUGGAUUUUUGAGCACCUUAUAGAUAAAACUUUUUAUGGCAUUUCUUCCAUGGACAGUGGUUGACCUUUUCACAAGAUGUAGACUCUAGAAUUUUGUACAUGUUUGCUCUUUUUUUUGUACAGACUACUUAGUUGUUGAGAAAACAGGGGAAUUUCCUAAUGUGAUCUUUAUCCUUCACCUAAACUAAGCUAAAAUACUUUCAGCAGAUUAUCCUUCACUUAUCUCACAGAUCAAUCAGUCCUUGAUAGUAUGAUUCUGUAAGAUAGCAUUUAUGCAAAAGUGUGUGAAUUUAAGAGAUCCUAGCAGCCAAACUGAAAUGUACAUAAAUAUAGAUUACAGAAGAAUUGCUUUAGGAAGGAGGUGGAGAAACAUCUUUGAGUAGCCUAGCUUGAUUACUGUCAAGUUCACAACCAGCUUUGUAUUUUAAAGGCGUUGGGUUUGAAAUUAAGUCAACUGCAUGCAACUUUGCUGAUAAAGGACUAGUUCUCUUUGAUGCAGUUUAUGAGAAGAGACUUCAAUAUCUGUUGCCUGUCAUAUUUGAGAAAAAUUGCUGUUUCUACCCUCUGUAUCUGAUUUUAAAAGGAAAAAAUAUAUCCGUACCUGGGUUUCAGGUAAUUGACUUUGAAUUCUUACAAGCAAAGGUCAUUGUGUUUUUCUUGAAUAGAUAUAUAAUAAAUUUUGCUUGGAAAGUA